UAUGGAGUAUCCAAACGCAAUAGCCUAUGAUCCAACGAUUAAUCAUCAAUUUCCACCAAAUCUACAAGGAUUCAACGAUGUUCCACAAUACGAUUGGAUGAAAGAGAAGAAAGGUUCGAGAAAGAAAAAAAUGGCGGAGACAAUCGGUGUAGAAGCUGAUAACACUAUGCCUUCUUUAUCUCCGUGCCCUGAUUCACAUGCGUCUACAACGUCAAAACGACAAAGAACGGCCUAUACUAAUUCGCAGCUAGUGGAGCUCGAAAAGGAAUUCCAUUUCAAUAAAUACCUUUGCCGACCACGACGUAUUGAAAUCGCCGCAAGUCUUGAUUUGACAGAACGACAGGUCAAAGUUUGGUUUCAAAAUAGAAGAAUGAAAUAUAAAAGACAGUCAGGGAACGGAAAUGGAGAUUCUAAGGAGCCGGUGAAAGAUGAAUCUGCAAGAACUGAAAGAGCAGAUAGCACAAGCGAUUUGGGUACGUCAGAGAGCCACGCGUCUCCUUCCUCUACUGAACUCUCUCCUUCUCCUGCUGUGUCUUCGAAAGAUCCAGAACCGGAAACAAAAAAGAAUGAAAAUAAGGAAUUGCCGCCAAUACACAGAGCGAAUUUGUUUAAUGCACGCCAAUCUGCGGAUUGCCAAAUGGGAUAUACUAAUCCGCAGUCGGCUGCCAAUAUGCAAAUAAGUAUGCAAAUUAAUAACGCUACAUCGGCUUAUCAACAACCAACGAAUAAUGGAGUAUAUUCUCCAAACAGUCGAGCAUUUUAUAAUUAUUCGUAUCAUAAUACAAAUUAUCAGCAAAGUCAAGGUCAAAUGCAAGCAAGCCGUGACCUAGUUUCGUCUGACAGACCGUUAGCGACAUCUAGGGGAUCUGCCAACAACUAUUAUUCUACGCCACCUACCGACUCGCUUCGUCAAAUAGAGCAACUGACUUUUUCAACUACAACUAUCGAAAAAUCUUGUUGUAGGUACAACAGCUCCGAUCUGAACUACGUUCCACCUAAUUGCUAUCAAAAUUCGAAUAUAGUUGAAAAUAAUCCAGAUGUUCAACCAAUUCAAGCCUGUAUAAACAAUUCUCAGUUUUCUAUUUCAGAUUAUUUUAAUAGUGGUAAUGACUAUUAUUCAAUGUAGUUUUUAAAAAAAUUUCAUGUUACUUACCUAGCUUUUGUCGAGUUUAAGUUGUUGCUUUUAAUAUGCAUAUUCGAAAAAAAAGACACAAAGUACACGAAUAUUUAUAUCUAUUUGAAUUUCUCAAUUUUUUAGAGUUUGCACUAAUGUUAUUGUAUUCCCUUUUGUCAUAUGACAGAUUGAAAACGUUUAAUUGGAAAAAAAAUAUUUAGUCUCGACUAAUUCUGCUAAUGUUCAUUGGGAAUUAUUUAAUAUCUUACUCUAACAAUAUAUCACCUUAUGAUAUAAGCGUUCCCUUACAAAAUAGUAUAAUACCCUUGGAGAAAAUAAAUCGUGUAAAAUUCGAGCAAACAAAAUGAACCAAUCAACGACUUGAUUACAAACACAUUCCCAUGACCUCAAUAGAUCAAAUGUGCUUAUUGGCUGACAAAUAUUUUUGUUUGUUCGUAAUGGGAUAAUGGGCUCUGAGGGUAUGGCAAACCGUUGGUGGUCGUUAGGUUUUGUUACUCAUUAUUGCCUGGUAUUGCUGAACGAAAUACCAGCUCUACCGAGUAGUCAGAACCACCCAGACACAUAUACUCUCGAAAUAAACACGCUUUUAUGUAUUGUUAUGCAAAUUAGUUUCAGUCUAGCCGUCACACUUCAAUAUGGCGAUUCGUGUUACUUUAUAUUCGAAAAGAAGACGGUAUUGUGGGAAUUCGUUUCGAUGCUGAAUCGUAUCAUAUAUUCAUUUCAAUUAUACUUCGUUUAGAUCGUUCUUGCACGUAAAUAUAUACCAUGAAUAUUUUAUAAAUACUGCUUCUGCCAGGUAUGUGAUAUGAAGUUUUUUUUUUAUGUACAGCUUCUUUGUCAUCUUGUUUUAUUACAGAAUAGUUUAUAAAUUACUUUAAAAAAUAUUUUUCCAUUUUCCCUCUCUAUUAUUUCUUUUGCUUUUCUUUCUUAUCGAAUAUUCAAAGGCUAAACGUGAUUUAUUUCCACUUUUUUGACGGAAGCUGAAAAGUAUACACUGUAUCGAAAAAUCGAGAAAAAAAAGAACAAUUCUCCAAGUGCUUGUCAAUCAAUUCGAUCAAAGGAUAAGUACGCUUUGCCGUGAUCUUUUCCUGUCGCCGAGUGCCCUUCAACUCCCGCCGCGUUUCAUUUGUUCUGUCCCUUUAACAAACACUUCGUAAAUAGGUCGUAUUUAUGGCUCUUUUUUUUGUCAUGGCGUCUACAUGAAUGUAGGCAUCCGCCAACUGUUAAACAGAAUGCUGAUCGUGAAUAGUUAAGCUUUUAUAGCGUUAAAGUUCCAGUAUUUCUAAAGACUUAAGAAGUCAAUAGCAACGAGCUUUCACCUUGUAGUUAAAGAAAACAAUUCAUCUUUUAAAUUGAUCGACAACUGAUAAAGAUUUUAUUCAAGGGUGUUUAAGAUAUUCUAGACGACAAUUAUAUUCAGGGAUCGGUAAUAUAUAUGACGUGUAAUUCUAUGCAAAUUAUUACGUAAGGCUAAACCUUUAUUCCGUUGGGUUAUUCAAGUGUAGUUUUCGGUUGAAAUUACUAGUUGAAUGACAUGCAGAAAUAUAUUGUGUAAUUAUAUGGAGAGCCGGUCAGAUAAAAGGACUGGCAGGAAUAAUAAUUAAAUCCCACCAACAGGUAUUUUAUUAAAAAGCAAUUCUAUUAUUUCAGCUUUGGUGUAUGUAAUGAUAAUGGCAAUAACAAUAAUAAUAACAACCAGCUUUGCCAAAAAUAGUUUGGAUUCGGAAAGGGUUGCAUAAAGACAACGUCAACUGAAUGAAAAAUAAACGAUAGUAUUGAUCUGUCGUUCAAACUCAGCCAGCUAAAUCGGGCGAGGUAAAAAGGCAGGUGCCAUAGCUUUAAACGGUGUCGGUGACAUGUAAACACCCAGUUUGUUUACUAUGUAAAAGAUCUGUGAAAGGAGCUGACUUUUGGUCAAGAUGGCUUUUUUCGCUCUUGGAUGAGGUCGCUGAGGUCGGAUUUCAUUUACUCUUCAAUUUUUCUUAAAUCCAGCACUUAAAACAAAGUAACGAACACCCGACCUUUUGGUACCAAAGCGUUAACCCUUUAUUUUCUCAUUUAUAUAAAGAAUCGUCUAUUAAUGGAUCGAAAUAUCCCCCUCUUUUUUUCAAGGAUUUUCACUUUUAAAGGGACUUUACUCUAAGGCUGAGAAUAACAAUAAUUUGUUUUACGUAAUGAUGACGUAAUGCAAUAAAACUGCAACAGCUGACGCAGGACUUGUCAAACCGAACUGCAGUACAGUGAUAUUGUUUGUUCAGCUUUGUUCGCACUUUGUCUAUGCUCUUAUCUUGCUUAUCUAUAGGAUAGAGUCUGUAUACUUUUAUUCAACGAUAAUGAAAAUUUUGCUGAGGGAAAGUAAAUGAAAUAUUUUACGAUAAAAUCACGACAUUGAGAAUUUCUCCCAGUUCCAUUGUAUAGGCCUGCCUACAAGAGCAUUAGCAUACACUAAAGUAUUUGUUGACUUAUUACAUCAUUUAUCUAAACGGUCCCACCGCUGGCUUUGUUGCAAAAGUUUCUGUAUUUAUUCAACGUCGCCCAAUCAAUUUUCAAUCUGGUUUUUCUUCCGUAGAAGCGAAGCGUUAUGUUAAAAGUUUAACAAUUGUUACUUUUAAAUAACAAUGUUUUUCCUUUUAUAAAUUUAUUAGAUGUAUUUAUGUUGUUUCUAUCAGAACAGUAAAUUGUCCUCAAAAUAAUACUAAUUAAUCUUACAGUUUGUAUCAAAAUAUAAAUAACCUCCUGUACACAGCUUAUAGUUAUCAGGAGA